AUGAGCGUCGACGCAUCUCAGGCUCAGGCGUGCGACCGCUGCCAUCGGCGCAAGACCAGAUGCGACAAGACCCGACCGGAAUGCAAUCCUUGCAAGAAGUCAAGGUCUGCAUGUGUUUAUUCUGAGAGGGUCAAGGAACCCACGUUUUCGCGAAGUCAUGUGCAGACUCUCGAGCGCCGCAUCCAUCAGCUCGAGGCGGCGAACAAGGCACUUACAUCAGCUAAUACGGCGCAUCGAACGGCCGCCCACAGAGCAGCAGCACGAGAUGUGGAGGCUGGAUCCAGCUCUCAGUCUUCUGUCGCCAACGAUAACGACGUUGCGAAUGAGGUGACUUUUCUUUCCACCAGCAUUGGCGGCGACAGCCUCUUCCUGGGGCCGACGAGUGGUAUCAUUCUUGCCAGCCUAGUAAGAGCCGGCGUCGCGGUCGAUGUCGAGAGAGAAGCACCGACCUCGUCCGCAUCCUCUGUGCCACCUCACCGGAGCCCCGGAAGGACGGAUUUGGGCACGGGGGAUCGUUCACUUCCGGCGGAACAGCUUGCUCGAGGCCUCAUCGAAGCAUAUCUGGCACAUGAUCAUCUUAGCUACCCCUUUUUGCACCCGCGGGCAGUACGGGCAGUAGUAGAUGGCAUCUAUAGCGAUGCCAGCUUUGAGAAGACGCACCCCUUUGAGAUGUUCAUGUUCCACAUGAUUCUGGCCAUUGCUACGUCUCAAGUAUACAAAUUCAACUGGAGGGUCUUGCCAGAUGCAGAAACACAACUCCAAAAGGCAACCGACUAUCUCAAUGCUGUGCUGUUUGAGGGUGGGCUACGAGCCCUGCAAGCCAUGCUACUACUCUGCCAGUUCCGGUUGAGCAAUUCUACGAAUCAUGCUUCUGAUAGUCUAUGGCACAUUGUUGGUAUCGCAGUGCGCAUGUGUUUCGAGCUCGGGUUGCAUCGCGAGGCCAUGUACCGGACAGCUGACCCGAGACGUGAUGCUGUCGAUGUGCCUUUCCUAUCACCCAAAUACGAGGAAAGCCAAGUUCGUCGCAGAUGCUUCUGGAGCGUCUAUGCUCUCGACAGAGUCGUAUCUGUUACGCUAGGACGCCCGCUGGCGAUUUGUGUUGAAGACAUCGACGUUGAACUCCCGACCGACGACCUUGAAGAACCAGCGAGCGUGUCUACUUUGAGUCCUGGGAGCGACCGAGACUCCUCACAAAUACCGUCUCGGUAUCGCACGGCCAUCUUUGUCCAUAUCGUACGCUAUCGUGAUAUCUGCGGUCGGUGUCUCACUUCACUGCAUCGCGGCGUCAAGGGGGGUAUCCGAUCUGCAGCAGAUUUUUACCAGAAGCGUGAUGAGCUUGCCGCCGAAUUGAACGCAUGGCGAGCCGAAACAAAUCGUCUCAAUACACCGGAGAUGGACUUGUCGACACCUCUCGCCGAGGCCCGAUCUAGCUUUCGGUCAAAAGCUUGGUAUGAGCUUCUAUACCAUAAUGGUGUCCUCCUCCUCUAUCGACCAUCCGCCUCGACAGUCUUGGAUGGAAGAGAUUGGUCUCAUUUGCAGCACAUAUUUUCAGCAGCAAGGCAGUCGAUUACUCUCUACGCCUAUCUCUUCCGAUCGCGUAAGAUCAAUUUUUCCUGGAUGGUCCUUCAUGCGGUUUUCAUGGCCGGAAUAUCCUACAUAUAUGCCUUGAGCCGACAUUUUCGUGAGAAGAGGCGUCGUCGUAAUAACGGAGAAGGCGAUGGCAUUCGGUUCCAGCUACUUCAGGAGCCGACCAUUGUUGAGAUUGUCAACGAUUGUCGGGCAUGCUCAAAUGUUAUUGUUGGCGUUUCUGAGAGGUGUAACGCGCAAAAGAACUGUCAUGAAGUAUUUGACCGUCUCAGCGAUGCCCUUGUUGAGGAUGCAGUGGAAGCAUUCUCACAUACUCGCCAACCCAGCUCCCUAGCCGCGCCGCAAGAUAAUCAUUCGGCUAUGAUGGCUGUGCAACCUCCAAGUAAUGAUAUCCAUAUGCAAAACACUCUUGCAUUCGGUCUAGGCACGCCUCUGGCAGCCGACAAUGCCCUCCGAGACUGUCUGCCUGAGCUUCAAAGGAUGUAUAAUAUGCCAUGGGGAGAUGAUGCGAUCUUGCAGCUCAGCAAUGACUGGCUGGGCGAAAUUGGGGAUUAUUACAGGUUCAUGGGCAAUGAAUGGGGCAUGAGUCAAUGA